AGCUGUAAAUAAACUCUUUCCAACACUACCGCUUGUUAACGAUUUGACUGCUGCCCAUGCGAAUUGGUAAAUACGGGAAAAAUGGACUUAGGAGCUUAUAAAUUGAGUGAAUACAUCCCCGCCAAGCCGCUGGUCGGUAAUCUGGAGUUGUGUUUCACGGACGAAGAGCAGAGACCCACCGAAACAUGCGGCCAACUUAAAUGCUGCGAUAUUUUAAAGUUCCCAUUCGCCCGCCCUGAUUUCCAGCCAAGUUCAGUGGAGAUAAAGGAGAGCAAGGUGCUCGUGUCUGCUGAUAAGGCUACAGAGACAAAACGCGUGGUGGAGCUGACUCUGGAGUCCACGUUCGAUUACCAGCCCGGGGAUACCAUUGGAAUUUUGCCUGCUAAUAAACUCGAACAAGUGGAAAGUCUGCUCCAUCGGCUGGAACUGUUAGACCAGGCCGACACCACUUGCCACUUAAAGUUGGUGUUCAACUGCGCCAAUAAGAAUGCUAAGCUACCCGCCCACAUUCCAGCAACUACUACUCCCCGGGAGAUCCUUACCCACUGCCUCUCCCUUAAUUUUGUUCCGCAGAAGCAGCUCCUCAGCGCCCUGGCCGGAUUUACAAGCGAUGACAAAGAGCGUUGUUUCCUGUCCUGUCUGUCCUCUAAACAGGCCACCGAGUACUACCAAUCGCUGAUAUUAGAGCAAGGCCUGCUUUUCAUAGACAUUCUUGAAGUGUGCGUCAACUGCAGGCCACCACUGGCAUUCCUGGCAGAGCACUUGCCACGGCUGCUGCCGCGACCGUACUCCAUUGCCAACAGUCCCUUGGAGGCUAGUAAUCGCGAACUUCGCGUUAUCUACUCGCUGCUCAGCCUCAAACCUGGAGUCACAACCAGCAUGUUGGAGGCGGCUGCACAGCAAAGCAGUCCGGAGCAUUCCAAAAAAGUAGUUAUCUACCCACGAAUGAGCAACCUAUUCCGUUACACAGAGCGGGAUGUGGGCAGAAACCAAAUACUUAUUGCUGUUGGCACAGGUCUGGCGCCUUUUCUUGGAUUCUUAGCCCACAAGGAAGAGCUUAUAAAACAGCAGCCGCAACAGCCAAGCGGGCAAUCCUGGCUCUACAUUGGUGCCAAGACCCCAGAAGCAGUUCUUAAGCGUGAAAAACUAAUGGAGUGGCAGGAAUCUUCGUUGCUCGAGCGCCUACGGAUGUGUUACUCGCGAGGCGAAUCCCCCAGCUACGUGCAACAUAUGUUGGAGGAGGACUGUGAGGAUCUGGUCGAGUUCCUGAUGAAGUCAGAGACUGUGUUGUACAUUUGUGCCGAUGGCGCCAAGAUUUCGCAGUCCAUUGCAGGUGUUUUAAGUCGUUGCUUGCAGAAGGCUAUGCAUCUCACUGAAGAAGAAGCUUCGCAGCUGUUAAAAAAACUGAGGAAGCAGGACAAAUACCGCGAGGAUGUUUGGCUGUAAUGGACAAGUCUUAGGUGCAGUCAAAAUAAAAGCUUCAUUAAUUAAGCCCUAUAAAUAAAUACCUUAAUAUAUUAGUCGUUUGUAACUCUUACAGAAAAUUUGAAUUUUUAGUGUGUUUGUUGUUUUUACGUACGGUUAAGGUCGUUUAUUUUCAUAAUUGAAAAUAAGUGUAGCAAAGGAACCACUUCCACUGCUCAUUUGAGUAGCUAAUGUAUGCAAGUAUUUGCACUCAGAUGUUUGUAAAUCAAUUGCUAUUAUUUUAACUGCAGCCUCAAUGUAAAUAAUUAUAAAACAGAAAGCUUUGGUCG